GACGUCUCAAUUGAAACUCUCGUCGUCGACGACGAGAUAUUUGGCGGCCAUCAAAGGAUACCUAUAGCAUUCAGGAUUUGCUCAGCAUAAUAACAAUGUUGAUGGUACCCCUCCCUGAUCAACUCAAUGCCGACCUUGUUGUUCAGCGUGGGGCCUCCGGGCGUCACCUCUAUCCACGACCUGCUGAUAUGCCUGGCCAAGUUCGAUGAGGAUGUCUCUAUCGAAGCAACACCACAAUUUCUCCGAUUUUCCAGUCUGAACAUCUCCAAGACCACCCACGCAGCAUUCACACUCUCGUCGUCUUUUUUCCACAAAUACCAUUUCUCGCCAGGUCCGGGCCCGCCGAGCACAACUGGUCCAAAGAUCUGGACUUGUAAGAUCCAGAAUCGGGCACUACUAGCCAUUUUCAAACGGCGUCAAGACCAAAGGGACAGAGACACGGCACUAGAAUCGUGCGACUGCGAACUCCAGGCCAGUCCGGACCAAGCCGAAUGUCGCUUGAUCUUCCGGCUCAACUGCCGCCAGGGCGUGGUCAAGACGUACCGAUUAUUCUACGAGUCCGCCGAGGCCCUCCAUGCCGCAUUUGACCGUGCUGGAUCCGCCAAUUACUGGACGGUAUCGUCGCGGACGUUGCGGGAUGUCGUCGAAUACUUUGGUCCCAAGACCGACCAGCUCGAUUGGUAUUAUCAGAACGGCAAAGUCACGUUUACAAGUUACACGGAGAAGAUUCAAAGUGGAAGAGAAAUUCUCAAACAGCCAAUGCACACAUCUGUGGCACUGGAACGAAAAGACUUUGACGACUUCAACGUCCAGGAAGGCCUGCAUAUCGGCAUGAUGGUCAAGGAUUUCCGAGCCAUUGUCGCCCAUGCCGAGGCCAUGCGAGUCCACGUUACGGCGAGAUACUCGCGAGGCAAUCGACCCAUGCAGAUGACGUACGAAGAGAACGGCCUGCAUGCCGAAUACACCUUGAUGACCCGGGGCACCACAAAUGUUCCUCAAUCAUCACAUGUCGGCACGCCGGCGAGAGAUUUGUCCAUGCAGCCUGUAUCGAGGGCCCGAGAGAACGAGGCUGUGGCUGUGGCUGUGGCUGGACCUACGACGCAGACAGCGGAGGAAACCGACUCUGCAACCGCCAGACCUUCUUCAACGACCGAGGGGACCAUGCCUCCGCCCGCUCGCACUUCUUUCCCACGGCAACGCGAAUCCACUGCUCCUGUGCUCUCGAAACCCAACAUGUUAGAUUCAACCAUGGCCCCGUCCGGAAGCAUCGACCCCAACAGCCUCUUCAUCCCUGCCGACGAUGAGGACGACCAGCAAUGGGACGCGCCCAACUUCGAGGAAGAACCCGACAUUGUCACUUGGGACAACACUGCCGAUGAAGGAUCUGCGCCGAGCUCCACGCGCCGCAUCCGCGACUCGGCCCUCCAUUCAUUCGCAUCCAUGCAAGAGCAAGAGCGGGGCCAGGAACAACGACGCCGGUCGGAACAAGUGUCUCGAUCCCGAUUUCCUCAUGAGAUCGCACCCACGCAGCGUCUAUCGCAAGUGCGUGGCAUCUUUGACUGAAGUUUGCUGUCGAACAGACCAGGCCUCCAUCGUGGAUGAACCAGAGGAGAAUCCUCAUCCAUUCCUGGUCCUGUAAAUGACGAAACUCGUGGCGCAUCCCGCUGCGACACUUUCCACCACCAGUUCCUGGUCCAGGUCCUGAGGUGGCGUUAUCACAUUCCACCUCCCCGCGACAUCGCCCCUAGUAUCUACCUGUGGGCCACAAUUGCCAUGUUCACCCCAUCCCCAAGCUAUGACUUGCCCGUCUGCGGUGAGAGCAAUGCAGUGUUCGCUCCCAGCCGCCAGCUGUCGGAUUUUAGGGAGCCCAGCCGGCGCCAGUUGCCCACGAUGAUUUCGGCCGGUACUAUGCACCGAGCCUGAGCCUGGGAGGCGUGAAAAUCUGUGGAUCGAACUCCACGAACUGACUAUCUGGUCACCUUCUUGAAGCGGAACGGACAGCGAUUCAUCAUCAUCCGAGGACUUGAUAUCUCCCCACACCAGAGGUUUCUCGCCGCUCCUCAGCAGAAUCGUGUAAUCUCUACCAACUGCUAGGUCGGUAGGUGCCCAGGGCAAGCGGGGCAAGGAGUUGGAGCGACCAUUGUUCCCAUCAUUGUCGUCGUCCUGGAUCCAACCAUCAUUCGGGGUCCCAACCAGCGUGGGCGUCCACAGAUUCUUUCGAGUUUUGACCUGCUCACCCAACUGGCCUUUACGACAACUUCCCCACCCCAAGACAAGGCCGUUUGACAAGAGCAGCACGACGUGAGCCAUGGACGCGGCAAUUGCGCGAAUGUAGAUUCCAGGCUGACUUUUGAUUUGGUUUGGUGGGCUGUUUUGGGAAGCGUCGCCGUUGGGAUCGGAAUCACGAUGGCCAGUUGUGAACCCAGAACCAGAACCAGAACCUGAACCUUGGCCAGCACUUUUGAUAUCAUCAUGAGGAGUAGAAGUGGCAGUGGCAGUGGCAGUACCAGUCGAAGUGGCAGUUGUAGAUCCAGAUCCAAACCUUACCCCAAACCCAAACCCAAAAUCGAACUCGUCCACGUCAAACACUCUGGUCAUGCAGUCUGCGCGCUCAACACCUUCCCCGAGGCCCAGUUCUCCUUUCGACCCGGAUCCAGAGACGAACACGGCUCUGUGAUUGACCACCACGAACGAAGCAUCCCAAGUCGCUGCAAUGUCUGUGAUGGUGGCCCUUGUAUCAGCCCUUGUUGUUAUAUUUGCCGCGGCCAAACCACAAUGCGAAGAAUUGCCAUCAGUGCCGACGGUUUUCCUAGUAUCAUGUCCAAACUCAUAGUCUCGCUGUACAAAGACAGAAGACCAAGGGGAAGGAGUAGAAGGAGAAGUGGUACGAAGUAAAGCUUCCCUCCCAUCACCGGACUUGAGAUUGAAUUGCGCACUAGUAUCAUCAUUUAGUCCACCCCCGCUGCCGAAUUUCCCAGCACUGAAGAGACGCCCAUGAUCAGUCAGAAGAAGAGUAUGGUUUCCUCCGGCGACGAUCUUGAUCUUCUUGACGCCGCUGGUCUGUAGAUUCAGAUCUGUCGGCCUGGAGCUGGUUCUGACAGUAGUGGUGUUGGCAGUGCUGGUGGUGAUCCCAGUUGUUCUGCUCGUCCUGCUCGUCCCGCCGGUCGCAGUAGCACUAGCAAAAACGCAUCUCUCCAACCUCGCCGUGUCUUCCUCAUGUCCUAUUCCCAAUUGUCCUGACCCAUUAGAUCCGAGCGCGUAGA